UCUAGUCUUUAAAUCAAUCUAAUUCUAACGCCCAAAAUAUAUACAAGUACCCAUCCAUCGUCCUCUUCCUCCAUCAUAUCUCUUCCAAUUCUUCAUCUCCCCCAAAAAAAGGAAAACCCACUCUGAUCUGAUCUCUCUUCAUCAAUACCAUUAUCCGUAUCCAUUCUCACAAAUAUAAUGUUCAACCCACUUAUCUGUUUAAGCUCAUCAAAUCCACUCGAGGAAGACGACUAUGACUACUUGCAGGAUUCCCAGUCGUCGAGCCCAAAGAGAUCAAAGAAAGGAAAUAAUAAGAGCAAUCCCUACGCCGGCCGCGGCCUCGACAAGUUCUCCGCCCUCCUCGCCCAAAUCGAAUCCCAGAAGCGGAAAAUCUACAACCAAGUGGGCCCCGACGAAAUCUCCAUCGUCCGCUUCGUCUUCUCCUCCGACUCCAAGAACGACGUCGUUAAGCCCAUCGUCGUCAAGCUCAAGGCCGCGAAUAAUAAUAUCAAGAACAGAGAAAACCGGACGGCGUCGUUGACGAGAAGCUCCGGCGCACAAUCACCAGAUGAAGACCGCAGUAGCGACGGAGACGCUGGUGGUCGAACGGCGGCCGCCGCCAAAGAAGGCGGGAAGGAGAAGCUUAUUACGAAGAGUGUUUCAUGGAAGAAGAUGAAGUGGGAGGAGUUGAGGAAGCCGAGGUUUUAUUUGCCCUUCACUGUGUUGAUGAUUCUUGUCUUCCUCGCAAUUUACGGGAGGGCCUUUGCUAUUCUGUGCACUUCAAUCGGGUGGUACGCGAUCCCUGCCGCCGGAGGCUCGUCUGGAAGUUCGGGAGAGAGGCGGCGGCGGCCGGCGACGGCCACCACGAAGAUAAGGAAUUAUAACAGGAAGGAGUAUAUGAGAAGAUUUAGUGAGAAGAAUUUGUUAAAGAGAAGCGGGGAUGACGGUUCGCCGUCUCCGAAGAGUGGCUGUUUAACGGUGGCGGCCGGUCAACGCCACCGCCGGAAAAACUCGUUGUGAAAGAACUAACGGUAACGGAUAUCCUCGUCAGUUUCUUACUUAACCCACGAUGGAUGUAGACUUUUUUUUCGUGCGCUAAUUUGUACAUGUUAAAAAAAAGCUACAAAUUCACAUGUUCUGUUUAAUUGUGGAUAUGUGUCGUUUGUGUUUGUAAAUUACUACUCCAUAUGAUAAUGUAUCAAUGAUGGAUUCGAAAUCUUAAUUUUGAGAUUGGAUAAGUUUACUACUCCGUUUGUUUGUUAAUCAGUUUAUUUAUAUACAUUUAUAUUCUUAUUCUUGAGAUUUGAUUCAAAAUCUUAAUUAAAGUAGCUAGUUCAUC